AUGGAUCAGGUAUCAUCGAAGGUGAUCCAUGAUGUUAGUGGCCAGAAGAAACUUAUUAGCUUCAACCCGAUACAGGGUCGAAUCACAGCUCAGACAGUCCGGGAUGAAGAGGAAUAUAUGGAGCAUCUGGGAAAAAUAAUACAGCGGGAUUUCUUUCCUAGUCUUUUAUCAAACGAAGAAAAAGUAUCCAAUGACGAAUCCAGUGAACUUAAAGAUAGAAACUCACUUAACACUGAUUCUCAUAACCCUGAAAAGAGUGAUCCAACUGCUAUGUCUUUAGACAAAUACAUGGCUAAUAAUACCACGGAGGAUGAUGCGUCUUUUGCGGAAUUAGUUGAAGAAAACGAAAAAAAGCAGAGGAUUAAGCUGGCUCCGUUUUUUCCCUCGCUUCAAUGUUCUGCACUUACACCUUUAGACGAUCCAAAGACUUUGGCUCUCCCCGGUGUUUCAAAUGCUGUUGUUGGACCUAGAGUUACAAUUACUGGAAACAAUGCUGUUCAUUUUAAUCCUGAUGGUGUAUCUCAAACCAAGGAGGAAUUGCUAGAAUUUUUGUCCAAGGAACGCAAAAUCGUGCCGACUAAUACUCGUUUCAAGAGACCUUUCCCAGUAAACUUAGAAAAAAAGCGUACAAUAAAGCAUCUACUUGCUUCAAAGCUGGGGCGGGUUGGUGUUAAUGGUUUGGAAAUGAACUCACCGUACGGAACCCCUCAGGCUUCUGGUUAUAAAUUUCUUGAUUCUUCCCCUUCACCAAUGACAAUGUUUCCCCAUACACCUUUGAUGACUUGGGGUGAAUUAGAUUCGACACCUUUUCGACUAGAUGACAGCGAAAUGACACCAUCAGUUGUAUCUGGUGGUCCAGCCUUUCGUAUCCCAUCUCCUUCACAACGUGAACAACUUGCUCACCAACUGGCAGAUAAAGCAAGCCGUCAACGUGUACGUGAUCGUUUAGAAGCGGUAAAAAGAAUGCAAUCAGCAGCUUCAAGUCCAUCACGAUCGCUACUCUCUCCUGCUGCUCUUCGCCUACUCGCUUCUAGCUCAUCAAUCAUAAAUAAUGAACCAAACAGUCGGGCUUCAACUGGUGCUAGUCGAAUUGGUGGGCAAACAUGUUCUCCUCUCCCCAAAGUCAAUACUCCUCGACGUGUCCCAUCUGAUUUGGGUGUCGUUAGACGUCCUAACUCAGCACGUUCAACCCCUCAUCGUGAACCUGUGAAACCCGACGCUACUCAGAAGAAAACUUCCCUUGAACACAAUGGUAAUCAAGUUGAUAAACCAGAAAGUUCUUCAUCAAUUACAGAUAACUUACUGAAUCUAAAAUAUCAAAGUCUAUAA